ACCCUGAGUGAGAAGCAUAAGGAAUAUGUGAAUGAAUCCAAUUCCCACCCAAGCAUAGUGUCCCGAGACACCAACAAACAAACAACUUCCAAAAGACAUUUGACCAUCAAGUUAAGUUUCAUCGCCCCUUUGACGGAGUUACCCACCACCACCACCAACAACAACACAACUUUCAAUAUAAAACAUAAAACACUUUCGUUUCACAAAAACCCCUAAACUCAAAAAACACACAAACACAAACACAAACACAAACACAAUGGCUUUGAGUUUCACACACCAACCCACAACAAAAACCAUUCUCCAAACCCCUUCUUCUUCCUUAAUCCCCUCUCGCUCUCUACCAUCACUUCAAUCCCUUCCCUUCCAUCAAACUCGAAAACCACGGCGGUCUCUAACCGUCAGCGCUUCGGCAACAACGGCUGCUCCCUCCGAGGUUUCUUCAAAGGUGUCAAGGGAGUACACUGUGAAGUCAGUGAAGGCGAGGCAGAUCGUUGACAGUAGAGGGAAUCCGACGGUUGAGGUUGAUCUGGUGACUGAUCAGCUUUACCGAUCGGGUGUGCCGAGUGGUGCUUCUACUGGAAUUUACGAAGCGUUGGAGCUUAGAGAUGGUGAUAAGAAUGUUUAUGGUGGGAAAGGUGUUCUUAAUGCUGUGAGGAAUAUUAAUGAGGUUUUGGCUCCAAAGCUUGUUGGUGUUGAUGUUAGGAAUCAAGCUGACGUCGAUGCUAUUAUGCUGGAAAUUGAUGGAACUCCUAACAAGUCAAAAUUAGGUGCUAAUGCAAUAUUGGGAGUUUCACUGAGUGUGUGUAGAGCUGGUGCCGGAGCAAAGGGAGUGCCGUUGUACAAGCAUAUCCAAGAGAUUUCAGGAACAAAAGAACUUGUCAUGCCUGUUCCAGCUUUUAAUGUUAUCAACGGAGGCAGUCAUGCUGGAAAUAAUCUUGCCAUGCAAGAAUUUAUGAUACUACCAGUUGGAGCUAUUUCAUUUGCUGAGGCACUUCGCAUGGGCAGUGAAGUGUAUCAUGUAUUAAAGGGCAUAAUCAAGGCAAAAUAUGGACAAGAUGCAUGUAAUGUUGGCGAUGAAGGAGGAUUUGCUCCCAAUGUCCAGGAUAACAGGGAGGGUUUGGUUUUACUAACGGAUGCCAUUGAAAAAGCUGGUUAUACCGGGAAGAUUAAAAUAGGUAUGGAUGUAGCAGCUUCAGAGUUUUACACUAAGGAUAGGAAGUAUGAUUUAAACUUCAAGAAACAGCCAAAUGAUGGAACUCAUGUUCACUCUCCUGAGAGUCUUGGGCAACUUUAUCAAGACUUUGUGAAAGAGUUUCCGAUUGUGUCGAUUGAGGAUCCUUUUGAUCAAGAUGAUUGGAGUUCAUGGUCCUCACUACAAUCUUCAGUUGAUAUCCAACUUGUAGGAGAUGAUUUGUUAGUUACAAAUCCAACGAGAAUAGCUGAAGCCAUCCAAAAGAAGGCUUGCAAUGGUUUGUUACUAAAGGUUAACCAGAUUGGCACAGUGACUGAAUCUAUUCAGGCUGCACUUGACUCAAAGGCUGCAGGUUGGGGUGUGAUGGUUAGUCAUCGGAGCGGCGAGACUGAGGAUAACUUCAUUGCUGAUCUUUCUGUUGGUUUGGCCAGUGGACAGAUUAAGACUGGUGCUCCAUGCAGAAGCGAGCGUUUGGCAAAGUAUAACCAGCUUCUUCGGAUUGAAGAAGAACUUGGAAGUGUGCGUUAUGCUGGUGAAGCUUUCAGGUCGCCUUAGAAUGAACUACGUUAAGAGCGACUCUAACGGUGAAUGAUGUUAGAAAAUCAUUCCAGAAAUAGUUGUGCAUCAUAAUCAUUGUAAUGAUUGGUUUGUUUAAGAAAACAAAUGGGACUGAGGAAGAGUUUUGAUAUAGCUGCUAGCCUUAGGAUUUCAAAAAAUUCUACUUGAUGAGUUAGACUUUUAAGUGUGUUUUGAAUCAAAAUAAUUGGCAAGUGAAUAAUGAUACCACUGUUGUAAUGUGAGGAAGUAGUUAAAAUGUAACUUAAUGCAGAGACAAAGUUGAGUAAGUGUAAUUAUCACUUCUCAGAAACAAUGAGUACUUGAUGAGUUAUUCCUCAGUUGAGUACUUGAAUAGUAA